AUGACCGGAGAGAAGCUGCGCUCGCUGCGCAGGGACCACAAGCCCAGCAAGGAGGACGGGGACCUGCUGGCGCCCGGCGAGGAGGAGGCGGCCGCCGCGCCCGGAGGCAUCUUCACCGGGGGGCGCGGGAGCAGCGGCAAGGGCGGCCGGGCCGGGGGCCACCGCAUCUUCAGCAACCACCACCACCGGCUGCCGCUGAAGGGGGGGCCGGCGGCCGGCGGGACGGGCCCGCCCGCCGAGCCCGACAAGUGCCCGGCGCACUUCCCCGUGCACGAGUGCGUCUUCAAGGGGGACGUGAGGCGGCUCUCGGCCCUCAUCCGCACCCAGGGCAUCGGCCAGAAGGACAGUCACGGAAACACUCCUUUACAUCUUGCUGUAAUGUUGGGACAUAAAGAAUGUGCCCACUUGCUUUUAGCCCAUAAUGCUCCAGUAAAGGUGAAAAAUGCUCAGGGAUGGAGCCCUCUUGCAGAAGCCAUCAGCUAUGGAGACAGACAAAUGAUUACAGCACUCCUAAGGAAGCUUAAACAGCAGUCCAGGGAAAGUGUUGAAGAAAAGCGACCUCGAUUAUUAAAAGCCCUGAAAGAGCUAGGUGACUUCUAUCUAGAGCUUCACUGGGAUUUUCAAAGUUGGGUGCCUUUACUUUCCCGAAUUCUGCCUUCUGAUGCAUGUAAAAUACACAAACAAGGUAUAAAUAUCAGGCUGGACACAACUCUCAUAGACUUUACCGACAUGAAGUGCCAACGAGGGGAUUUAAGCUUCAUUUUUAAUGGUGAUGCCGCACCCUCUGAAUCUUUUGUAGUUUUAGACAAUGAACAAAAAGUUUACCAGCGAAUACAUCAUGAGGAAUCUGAGAUGGAAACAGAAGAAGAGGUUGACAUUUUGAUGAGCAGUGAUAUUUACUCAGCAACAUUAUCAACCAAAUCAAUUACCUUCACACGUGCCCAGACGGGAUGGCUUUUUCGAGAAGACAAAACAGAAAGAGUAGGAAACUUUUUGGCAGAUUUCUACUUGGUUAAUGGACUUGUAUUAGAAUCAAGGAAAAGAAGAGAACAUCUCAGUGAGGAGGAUAUUCUUCGAAAUAAAGCUAUCAUGGAGAGCCUGAGUAAAGGUGGCAACUUAAUGGAACAAAAUUUUGAGCCUGUCAGACGGCAGUCACUUACUCCGCCAUCACCCAAUACAAUUACAUGGGAAGAGUACAUAUCUGCUGAAAAUGGAAAAGCUCCUCAUCUGGGUCGAGAGCUGGUCUGCAAAGAAAGCAAGAAAACCUUUAAAGCCACGAUAGCUAUGAGCCAGGAAUUUCCCUUAGGAAUUGAAUCAUUGUUGAAUGUUUUAGAAGUAAUUGCACCCUUCAAGCACUUUAACAAACUUAGAGAAUUUGUUCAAAUGAAGCUUCCACCAGGCUUUCCUGUAAAAUUAGAUAUUCCUGUAUUUCCCACCAUCACAGCCACUGUGACUUUUCAGGAGUUCCGUUACGAUGAAUUUGAUGAAUCCAUCUUCACUAUUCCUGAUGACUACAAGGAGGACCCCAGCCGUUUUCCUGAUCUCUAACUAAACUGGAAGGUUAAUGGUGAAUAACAAUACCAGCGUACCGCAGUGAGAGCAAAUGGAUGCAAAUAGCUUACAGAUAUAGAAAAGUGGGUCAUAAAGGAAGGGAUAAACUUAAUAAUCCAGAAGAAAAGGGAACAUGCAUCAAAUGACUGGUGUACUGAUACUCACUAUAAUGGGCAUCUAAUCUAGUUCCUGAUUUACAGCAAGUCUCCUGACGCGUCGUUCACACUUUUAUACAUCCAGUACUGCAAGCGUGGUAGUCUGACACCUCGAUGACACUGAGAAUACGUAACAGCUGUGAGGACUAUCAUUCGUUUUUAAAUUUUUUUACAUUUCUUGGUGAUACAAAAAGCACUCUUGGACCAUUAGCGUCAAAGUUGAAAUGUCUUAGCUGGAUAUUAGCCCUAUAAAACAUCCCACAGUACUUCAGAUGACCAUAUUAUAUUCUUUCAAGCUUUGUUUUCAUGAAUUGUAAACUAUGUAUCAUUAUGUAUAGUUCAGUAAUUUGAAUGUUAGUUGAACGUAUAUUAGAAGGAAUGCAUUUUCUGUAGACGAAUGAACCAAAUGGUAACCAUUAAACACUUGCAUUUUCAUACUGCAGUACACUUCAGAAAUAGCAUUUGCUCUGCAGGGAAUAAGGUACCUCUUCUAGCACCUUAGUGCAAUCCAUUGUGGUGCUACCCAUGUCUCUGAAUCCUUCAUUUCUGCACUGAGCUGCUUGUUAAUCUUCCUUUUGUUGGCUCUGUGCUUAACUUCUCUUCAUCACACUGGCUUGGAAGUCCCUGCUGCGUCCAUGAUGCUGCGUUGGCAAGCAUGCUCGGAGGUUCAUGAGCUAAAAUUACUACUUUUCUUUUUUCACACUCACUUAGGAGACUUGCUCCGUAAUGGUUGAACAUCAGUGGGGUUAUCUUGUAUUUGUAUUCAGCAGCCACUCGGAAACAUGGGAUGCAUAUAAAGAGUUAGUAGAACAAUAAGCUCAAGCAUAAAUCUUCAUAUAAGAAAAAGUUUCUCUUGAAGUUAGUUUAAUUGUAGUGCACAUUGAAUAGGGCUCACAUUGGAAGAUUUUAUUUGCAAAUGCUUAGGAUUGUUUCCGGAUUAAUUUCCUUCCUUUUAAUAUCUCGAAUAGGUAGGCAUUUCAGUACUCUGGCUUCGUGAGCUUAUUCUCAUUCCAAGUGGUUCCAGUCUCCUAAUUUGACAAUAAUCCAGCUUUUUGGUUUGUUAGAAAGAAUUUGUGCAAAGGCUAAUGGUGCUAUUUGUUUGUAUUAAGAAAUUUAGAUUAAAGUGCUGUGGUGUAAUUGUACAAAAAUGUAAAUAUUUUCAAAAUUAUAUUCUUUGUGCACUGUAGUUAAAACUUUUUCUGGAAAUCAAUAGAGUUAAGUAUCAAACUUUAUAAUAAAGAGUACCAUCAAUGCUUAGUAAAGGUAACCAACCUAACUAACCGUGCAGGUGAUAAACAGAGACGGCCUAUCACAAGGCAAUAAAAGCUGACUUGUCAGGCACAUCGACAGAACGUGGAAAUACAUGUCUGAAGCAGACGUUCUUUAAAAAAUUCUGGAAUCCGUCUGUAUAAAACCCAAAGAGGCUGCUCUAGAGAAGUACAGAAUCCACUCCAUCAGUGGAGUCCUAGUGAAUCACUAUCGGCAAAGUACAGAUAAACUGAAAAUCAGAAGUUGAGGUUGAUCCUCUUCCAGCAUCACUAUAAACCUGCAAGUUUGACAGGUGAGUAACGUUUACUUUGCAGGCUGUGAUCGAUACACUGGAGUUAUUAAUUCAAAAUCAAAUUGAAAAUAAAACUAUAGGGGGGGGAAAAAGCAAUGGGAAAUGUAGAAUUGUAACUACUUCUGAAGUACUGUAUCAGUAGCAGAUGUUGAACAUUCGGUAGGAAUGAUAGAACUUGUUCUUCCAAGUCAUUAUGAAUUCCUAGUGUUUUACGUCUGUGGUAUAAAUUGACACCCACCUCGUGCUCCUCCUUAGACACAGCUGCUAUCCUUACCGUGAGAGACCAGGCUUGAAUGUAUGUAGAGACUGAAUUAUCCUGUCGGUGCUGGAGGUCAGGAUUAAACGUCAGUGGGGCCAAAUACAGGUUUCUCCUGUCGCCCUCUUUCACAGGUGCCCGUUGCAGGGUAGAAUGUUUUGUGUAGUGCUGCUGGAUCGGGUCUUGUGCCGGGGCUGAAACUGAAGUGGGUGCAGGUGCCGUACAGGAGUGCCGAGUUGCUUGGAAGUGUCAGCAAAUGCAGAACUUUUCUCCCUACGGUGAAUGUUAGAAGUCAGUUUUUUCGGUGUUCCAGGGAAAGAACCAUGUGUUUCAUAUAACUCUGCAGUUUUGGUUAUUCUAAAUUACAUCACAGAGCUUGCUGAUGUAGGAAGGCGAACAUGUAGCUGGAGCUACAUGGUUUAGGCAAUACAGCAACUGCAAUGGACUGGAUUCUAGACUUAAAAAUCUUUAAGAACAAAGCUUUUUAUGUAGCCUCACGUGAAAACAUGUAUAUCUCCAUCUGCCUACAGAACAGCCCAUGUCGUCUUCUGGUGGCAAAUGAGGUGUCUGACUCAAAGCCUGCUGCAGUUUGUGGAAAUGUUGUCUGUGAUUUCCAUGGACUCCGGCUGCAGAUUUUGUGGGUUUUUUUAACCUUCAUGAUUACGCAACUACUAACUUUGAUAUGUUUUAAGAUUUGCAGAAACUUUUUAUAGUGGGUUGCUAUUGUAAGGCUUGCUCUAAUUGGGAGUGUCAGCAGAGAAGAGUGGACACAGGUUUGGUUGACUGUAUCUUUUUACAUUAUUAUGGUGAACAUACCCUGCUCCUUCUUUCCUUCUUACUGUGGAGCUGAAUGACCUGACUCCAGCCAGGUUGUCCUCUCCAGUUCAGUGACUGUGUUCAGACUCCUCUGACAGCCUCAUGAAGUAAGACUCGGGGAACUGUCUCUCGGUACAUUUCCUUCCAACUUUGGGUGAUGUGUUUUCUGUCUGAAACAUUCCUAGUGAUGAGUUUUGAAACUUAAAACAUGGGGACACUUGGGGCAUGGUUUCCUGACAGAUACGCUGCAGAAAUCCUCAUUAGCGAGCAUGAUGUUAGGCUGAGCCUACCUUAGGGACUUGCGUCUUGGCACAACUUUAACAGUCCACAGGCGUGAAGAGAUGUGAUCCUGGCAGCGUAGCUGUGCUGGUGCAGUUCUUUAGUGCUGACACUGUCCACACUGAGAGAAAUGUUUUAUCCACUAUCGUUUGUUUUGCUUGCAAGGGGUUUUGUGCUGUACUGACAGCGAGAGCGUGUUUGUCGGUGUGGAUGUGUCUGCACCGAAGCUUGGCCAGCGCUGUGGAUGGGUGAAGUGUUUCUAGUAUAGAGGGAGCCUUAGUCCGCAGCUGUGCUGUGGGCACCGGUGUCCUUACCACUUGCGAUCUCCUGUUCGGAUAUCUUUUGGAAAUUUGUUUUUUCUAGCAGGAUUGAUCUAGCAGAACUUCAUUUUUGGUUUUCCCCUUGUCUUUUCCUUAAGACCAUGUUGGGUGUUAAGGGAAGGUUUGGUCCCCUGUAGAGUGAAUACAUAUCCACAGUGGUUUUACAGAGGUUGUCCCAUCACCGCUGCGCAGCAAGAAACACGUCAGCUUUAACUUGUUAAUUUGACUGGUGCACGUGUAGGGAGUUCCACUGCAACAAGAUACCCUGGAAUGUAAGAAUACUAAAGAACUAAAACCGCCUUUCUGGAUGCAGCAGCCGGGGUGUGCAGUAUCACCCAUGGUUAAGACAAGCGGGAUGAACAAGGGGGUUGCACAGGUUGGGUAAGAAUCACUGUACUAAGAUGGGCAUUGGCACCCUGCUGCUCUUUGAGGUGAAGCUGACAACGGUGCGAGCGACACGCGUGGAGGAGGAAACCUCAGUACCAGGGCUGUGGGAGAGAUGCCUCAGUUCAGAGCUUGGGGCGUUGGUUCUUUCUGAUCUCACCACUUGCUUUUUUAUUUUCUGAUGGCUGUGAGAGGUUUUUUUAUGAAUAAGUAUUAAAAGACAGCCAUUAAUUUUGGUAAACUGAAAUAAGAAAUUGUUGCAAAAGAAUUCCUGGGGUUGUUUCUUAACCAAACUGUCUUACUGGUCUUCCAAAAUAUUGCUUUAAUUUGUGGCAAAGGGAAUGCGUUUUUUUUUCCUUUCAAGGAGCUGCUGUUGUAGUCACUGUACUCACUUUACUGCAAUUCUUGAUUUAUGUAUUGAAAUGAUUUGUUACAAAAAACUCUGGAUAUAUUUGUGCUGGAAACCCACCUUGUUAAGUUGAUAUUCAAAGCAACUGUUUUUUUAAACGUAUUUGUUCUUGAUUUGUAAUUCAUGCAAGGAUGACUGCAUUACUUAAUCUGUAUUAACAAAUUUCCUGUAAUGCUGCAGUUUCACAUUUAUUUUCCUUACAAUUUGUAAUUAUCAUGGAAACAAUGUCACUUCUUUGCAUUUUACUAGUUGUCUCGUCCAUGUUUUUAACUUACCUUCACUAAUAGUAAUUUUUGGUUGUAUCAUUUGUUAGAAUAAAGACCAAAAUAUGCUG